AUGUAUGUGUCGGAGGCCAAAUGGGGUUUGGAUUCCGUGGGGAAGACAACACUGCUGUACCGACUCAAACUUGGGGAAUUUAACCUUGUCAUACCUACUAUAGGAUUCAAUGUUGAAAGCAUUCAAUACAAAGAUAUAAACUUCACUGCCUGGGAUAUAGGCAGUCGAGACAAAAUGAGGCCACUGUUCCGCCAUUACUACAAGGGAACGGAGGCCGUCGUCAUAGUGAUUGACAGUCAUGACAAGGAACGACUGGAUGAACUGAACCAUGACGUCAUCAAACCAGCACUUCAGGCAGAGGAACUUUCCAGUGCAUGUUUUCUCUUCCUGGCCAACAAGUGCGACAUUGAGCCACACAUGACGUCCGAGGAAAUUCAAGAUCGUCUCGGACUACGACAGCUCAAACAUGCCUGGAAUCUUUUCCACGUAAGUGCCUUAAGAGGGGACGGAUUGACUGAGGCUUUAGACUGGUUGGCAUUUCAACUUGGAUCCGAAGAAAUCCGGAGAAGUGUCACUCCAGAUAGUGAGGACAAAGUGGACAGAACCUUGAAUGAUCUCCCAUAUUGUAGUCGGGCUUACACCGCUAUUAAAUGUUUCUUUUUUAGGCCGAGUCGACAAGACAAAGUGGAGGAUGGACGAUGAAGUGUCUACAAUGAUUUCCCUUGCUUCAUUCGUAAAUCCGUUUUAUAUGCCAUAAAAGUGACCAUGUGACAUCAAAGAGGAUUGUGAUUGGUGGAUGAAUUUGGAAGUGAAUUUUGAUGUAACUUCUAAAGUUAUAUAAAUAUGAUUGAUAAACAUGAUGUUUUCAUUGUCAGCAAUGGUGAUGCUCGUUUUACAGAUAAAAAUAGUAUAUUUUACACCAACUAUUAUUGAGGGGAGAUAACUCUGUUUUAUGUAAAUGUUGGCGAGAGAAUAUUUCUGAUUUUCAUCGGUUGUUUACAUUGAUAUGUAUUUCAUUAAUAUAGAUCAUUUCAUUUCGUUUUAUUAUAUUUAUUUUGUAAGAUAUUCUUUGUGUUUAAUAUAGAUGACCAUGUAGUCAGCAAACAGAGAUUGUCACUAAGUAUGGACGAUAAAAAUAAGUAGAUGUUCACAUAAUACAGAUGUUCACCCAAUAGAAAAACAGGAGUCCACACAGUAGAAAGUCAGGUGUCCACACAAUAGAAAAACAGGUGUACAUACAAUAGAAAAACAGGUGUACAUACAAUAGAAAAACAGGUAUCCACACAAUAGAAAAACAGGCGUCCACACAAUAGAAAAACAGGUGUUCACCCAACAGAUUAAAAAGGUCUACACUCAACAGAAAAAUAUGUUCAUUACACCUGCACUGUAGUAGUGGUCAGUUUCAUUACCAAAUGCUGGUGGUGGUCACUAUACACAAGGGACCACCUAACACAUGAGGUUGUAAAGUACAGAAUACAUCAAAACACAUGGUCACUGUAAACAGGUUACAGUUAAACAUAGAUGGCAGCUAUACACAUGUUACAGCUAAACACAUGUAUAGCUGUACACAGGCAGUCACUAUGCACAGGUGGUCACUAUACACAGGUGGUCACUACACAAGUUACAGGUAAACACAGGUGGUCACUAUACACAUGUUACAGCUAAACACGUGUAACUGUAAACAGGCAGUCACUAUACACAGGUGGUCACUAUACACAAGUUACAGGUAAACACAGGUGGUCACUAUACACAAGUUACAGGUAAACACAGGUGGUCGCUAUACACAGGUUGUCACUCUACACAAGUUACAGGUAAACACAGGUGGUCACUGUACACAGGUAGCCACUACACAUGUUAAAGGUAAACACAGGUGAUCACUAUACACAGGUGGUCACUCUACACAAGUUACAGGUAAACACAGGUAGUCACUACACAAGUUACAGGUAAACACAGGUGAUCACUCUACACAAGUUACAGGUAAACACAGGUGGUCACUAUACACAGGUAGUCACUACACAAGUUACAGGUAAACACUGGUGGUCACUAUACACAGGUGGUCACUAUACACAAGUUACAGGUAAACACACAGAUUAUUCUGAAUACCACUAAAAUAUACAGUCACUACAUUCAUUUAAUAAUUCAAUAAAAAAUCAGGUCACUUCAUUUAAAAAAGUGGUCAAUAUACUGAACAUUGCAUAAUCUUGGAAUAAAUAAGGUGUUGUCUCCCUUUAUAUGUUGGACUAGAAUUCAAAGAGCAAAGUCAUUCUUGAAAGUGUCUCAUCCUUAUACAAAUGGUUCAGAGAUGGGUGUGUGAAUGUGCUGGGUCAGUCCAGGAAGAUCACAAAAAAGGUUGAAAAUAUGAGAAAUCUGAAAGUUAAAGAUUGAAUUAGUGAAAAAGUGUUUGUUGAACAAAUUCAAGUAUUGAUAUGCUUCAGAGGAUAUAAGUUAUUUAUUGAAAUAAAAUCAUACAUUAGUUUGACGACUUAGUGAAGUAAGAUUCUACUAAACCCUUUGAUAUCGAGUGAAAAUUAUCACACUAUAAUCUUCUACUAAAAGCCUUUUGA